UUCUGUGAGAAAGUGUCUCAAUUGUCGCAAUGGAGGUGAUGGAAGAGGGAAAUCUCAUGGACAGGGUGCCAAUCCUGCUCCAGAGAGACAUGCAGUACUACCAGCAGAAUCAAGUGGUUCUGCAAGAGACUAUUUGUCCGGGAGUUGUUGGCGGAAAGUUGGACUUUCCUCGCUACGCCUCUUUCGCGGCCGUGAAGAUUGUCCGCUGGUGGGAGGAUGAAUACUAUGCGGCGUACAAGAAGAACUCAGGGCUUCUGAAUCUGUUUGAUAUCAAGGAUGAGAUUCACGAAGAGUCUGAAGAUGAUCUCGGCGCUCACUGUGGAGGAAUUGUGAAGACAUCCGAUCCGGAGAAGUUCGUGAGCUUGGCCACAAAGUGUGCAGACAAAUUGCUGGAUCACAUUCACCAUCUGAGUCAGGAGGCUCUCGAUCACGCCGACUUGACAGUGCUCACGGCGACAAUUGGAGCGGCGGCGCUGGUGAAGAACAGCCUCUGGAUCUACCUGCAGAACGUCUCAGUGUCUGUUUGUCCGCCACGAGGAGAUGAGAAGGGCGGAUCUCUGAAGAUGAGCUACAAGCAGUAUUCGGAAUUGACAGAGGCGCUUGCAGAGCGGCUGCUGGACUUGCACUGUCGCCUCCUGACGCUGUAUAUCCUGCAGGAUGCAGAAACGCUGAACUGGGAGAAUCAGCAGCCCUUCUUCGAGUCAGAAAGGGGUUCUUAUACUGUGCAAAUGUGGUGGCUUUACAUGCAAGGCACUCGGAAGGAUCUCUGGAACUCAGUUCCACCCAACAUGGCUCAGCGGGUUUUCGCUGGGAUGCUCAAUGAGACGCUCACAGUGUUCACCAUUCGCUAUACUCAACUCUGUCCGAGUCAGGCUCGAUCGCAGCUCUUGCUCGUGGAUGUUUGCAACAUCCUCCAUUGUAUGGCUGAGCUUCUGCCCACGAUUUCUGAGAAUGCUGAAGCCUACGUUGGUCUGAAUAUAGUGAAUCAGACCAAAACCAUCCGGGACAUUCACGCCAAGUGCCAGGAGUUGUUCAUGUGUCUUCUGCUGCGAGGAGCACCACUCGGUGUGUUGUUCAGGGUGCUAAAAAAAGGCGCUGCGUCAGUGGGAAUGAUGACGUCCAGGCAAGGUCUUCCAGCUCCUUGGAUUAUCUUUACGCUGCCCAAGAUGUUCCCGUCCAAUCAAACUGGUCAUUGGGCCACGCGAUGCUCAGAAUUUGGACCCAACACUGCUCUGAGUCUGGAGCUGAGAGUGUUGAUGUCUGCACCUCAAGCGAAUUGGUCUGUGCUGCUGAAAGUCCUGCUCCUACGAGACGCCACACUAUCCACGAUAAUUCUUCACCAUCUGCUCAGUAAUCAGCCUUCUAGUGACCGAUUUGUGGCCGCUCUAUCUCAACCGUUACUCAAUAGGAAGAAGUUCGCGAAGAAGUGCGAGGGAUUCAUGUGCGGCAUGGAGUGCACGAAGGUGGAGGAGUGGACGAAGGAGGACGUGGAUCCUGUGGGUCAGACGAAUUACCAAGUUGUCCUCUCUCUGGUGUACAUUGUGGUGAUGACGGGGAAAAUGCACGACAUCAAUCUCACCCUCAUUUCUGCCCUGGAGAAGACGCAAGUGCGCGAUUGGGCGGCCGCGCUGGACAGACGUCAAGUGUGGAAUCAGAAGCGUCCAGCUUGGCUAGAGGCUCUCCUCCACCUCGUCUAUCCCGUGCUGGAUCCCGUGGUUCACAUGCUAAUUUCGGCUGUGCACACGGGAAACGCUUCCAUGUACCAGGCCAUGUCGCUGGCCAUUUCCUGCUUCUCAGAGAUGUGGGACUGCAUCCCAGACUGUCUCUACAGAGUCUCCAUUGCGCUGGUGGACAUCAUUCCGGCGGAUGUGAGGCCGCUUGGCGACUCUGUUCUCAUCCAGAUCCUCUUCAUGGCGCUGUAUACGAAGCUCCUGGAAGCGUGCGAGAAUGAGAGCGACCGGGACUCCGAGAAGGCUUCUAUUUGCCAGACAGUGGCUGAAGCCAUCUGUUCUGUGGAUGCUGACAACAAGCACACAGAUCAGCUCGGGCUUUUCCUCAAGCAGGCCAGGGAUACUCAAAUGGCGCCAACAACAGUCGAGACGGCCAUGGAAGAAACAGUGGGCUUGAGCUUUGCCUCAACCGUAAAAAUAGACGAUCUCGAAGCGGCAAUGCAGCCUAGCACAAGUGCAGGAGAUGAAUUUGACGUGGAGAAUGCAGAUUAUAUCGCGGAAAUGCUCGCCAGCGACGUCCUGACCACUCCAGUGGGCAAGCAGAGUCUAAAGAUCCUCUUUCGUUACAUCAAGAACAACAUCGAGUGGAUUUACCAGCAAAUGGGAGUUAGCGAAGUGGAGAAGAGUGAACUUCAGCCGUUGCCUGGCCAGAAAAUUGAGGAGGACAAUCAAACUCUCCUCCAGAUUAUGUUCCACAUCGGCCAUCAGUCCUUCGAUCAACUGCUGACCGGAGGAUUGCGGAUUGACUACGCCUCUUGGCUCCAGACGCCGAUGUCGAUGAACGCCGAGAGAGCCUGGCUUCAGAUUUCCAAGAGAUCUGAGUUUCAGGAGGGAGCGAAAUUGUCCCUCCACGACACGACAAUGGUGGCUUUUAUCACGUCUCAGCUGAAGCAGGCGAAUUAG